UCUGGUUCUUCCCUCCUCCUGGGCAUGGCCCCCCCCUCCCCCUCCAACGAAGAGAAGUCGGCCGCCGACCUGGCCACAAAACUCCUGCUCCUGGAUGAACUGGUGUCCCUGGAGAACGACGUCACGGAGACCAAGAAGAAGCGCAGUUUCCCGGGGUUUGGGUCCCCCCUCGACAGGCUUUCCACUGCCUCCCUGGAUCUGAAAGCCAAGCAGAGGAAAGUGGCGGAGGUGCCGAAGCGGCGGUUCGGGAUUCCUCUAGACCGGAUUGGGAUGAACCGUUUGAGUAACUCCAGGGGUUAGCUGAGGCAGGU